CAACAAUUGGCCUCCUGAACAACGCCCCAGCACCAUACUCAAAGGUACACAGCGUGCAGAUGUCUCCGUUCCCUUAUAUCCUUGCUGUAACUGUCUUGUUGCUACUGUAUCGCAGGUCUUGGUCAAGGAAGUCAGCUGGGCUACCCCUUCCGCCGGGACCGCGACCACUUCCAUUCCUUGGCAACAUUUUUGAUAUUGACAUGGUGCAUCCAUGGCGUACAUAUAGUGAAUGGAAGAAGAGAUACGGUCCCAUUGUAUCGUGUCGUCUGAUCGGUCAGACCGUCGUCAUAAUCAACUCUGAGAAAAUUGCAAGGCAACUCCUUGAUCAGCGCUCAGCGAUAUACUCUGACCGUCCUGCAGGUCCUGUGCCCAAACUUUUUGGCGUAGAUUUCAUCACCGCGUUUCUUCCAUACGGGGAUAGACUUAGGCUUCAUCGACGAUUGUUUCACCAGGCAUUGCGUUCUGAUGCAGCAGAUUCUUAUCGAGAUCUCUAUUUAGAUAAGGCUCGCCAGUUGUUGUCUAACCUCAUUGACUCUCCUGAGGCAUUCGAGAAGCACAUUUUCCUGUACACAGCUUCGAUUAUCAUGUCGGUAACUUACGGACACGAGAAAGUCUCUUGGGAUGCUCCUCCCAUCGUGUCUGUCGCCGAACUUGCGGAGCUAUUGACUGUUGGCCUUCCGCCAGAAAGGAGUGCAAUACUCACGGCAUUUCCGAUACUUACGCAACUACCAGCGUGGUUUCCGGGUGCAACAUUCCAGCGUGUCGCGCAGCGUACGCGGAAGCUGGCACUUGAGUCCAUGAACGAACCAUUUGAAUACGUAAAAAGGAAUAUGGCUGCCGGAAGGGCACCAAAGUCAAUGGUUUCAGAUCUUUUGAGUGAACGGGAUGAGGGCAAGGAGGCCUUUCCAGAACAAGCGGUGAAAGAAAUUGCCUUGACUGUCUUUGUUGCUGGAUUUGACACAAGCUCCUCUACGUUGUGCUCCUUCAUACUGGCGAUGGUUUUGCAUCCCGAAGCUCAGCGGCGUGCUCAACAAGAAAUUGAUUCUGUCAUUGGCGUUAAUAGACUGCCAGAUUUCUAUGACCGACCAUCUUUGGAGUACGUGGAGGCAGUUUUUCGGGAAACAAUUCGUUGGCAUAACGUUGCACCCCUUGGUCUUCCUCAUGCAACAUCGAGAGAUGACGUCUUCGGAGGCUAUUUCAUUCCAAAAGGCUCUCUCAUUAUGCCUAAUAUAUGGGACAUGUCCAGAGAAGGACACGAAGAUCCUGAUGAUUUCAAGCCAGAAAGGCACUUUGAAAGUGACGGGACGCUUUUGCCAGACACGAUAGCGGCGAAACCUAUGUGGGGUUUUGGAAGGAGAGGAUGUCCGGGGCGGUUCGUUGCCGAAGCUGCGACAUGGAGUGCGGUGGUGCAUCUCCUUGCAACAUUCCGGAUUACGAAGGCAAAGGAUGAAGCAGGGAAAGAAAUUGAAGUGAAAGAAGAGUUCACAUCUGGAGUGGUUUGCCGACCCAUGCCGUUUAAAUGUUCUUUUGUCCUCCGAUCGACGGACAGGGAGCAGGCAAUCUGCUCGGGCGAUUAAACUUGAAUGGGGUCGUGACCUGCUGUACGAGACGAGGUAGUUUACUUUCAGUAUGAAGUCUGUAAUAACACAUUGUAUUUACUAUUACAUCAAUA